UUUUUUCAAACUGGAUACACUGUAUUUUGCCAUUCUGUUUGCUUUGUAUUGUAACGGCUAUAGCGUCCCCUUGGUAUAACUACAUAACAUAACGUAUCUAUGUAAAAUGGUUAUUUCUUCAUGUCUAAAAAAAAAAAACCUGAAUUAAAAAUUUGAUAUGCCUCUCAGCCACCCAAGCGUGGACACGCCUAUGUAUAGAGCAGCGGUUCCCAAAAUGUGCUCCGCAAUGGCUUAACAAGGGCUUCGUUCGUAUACCACAAUAAAUGAAUACAGAACACAGACAGAUAACAAUUAACGUUAAAUAUUGCUUGAGGGCUCCACGACAAACUUCUACUUAAAAAAAGGCUCCGAGGCUAAGAAAGUUUGGGAACCGCGGGUAUAGAGCAAUGAUUUGCAGUGCGCUUUUACGGAUACUGCAAACCGGAUCCAAAUUUUAUCAGCGUUGUUCGGCGUCCUUGACGAUUUGUACCUUAGUUAUAUAUCUAUAAGGGUAGAUAUAAAGAAGUUUUCUUCUCUAAAAUAUAAUGCCACAACCGCUAUUGUUCCCCAAACACACGUUGACACGCACGGGCGCAUACACGCACGCACAGGCCUUCACACGCAUGCGCGUUAUAUACGUGUUGUAUUCUUCGAACACACAAUGAGUCAGAUGCAGUGGGGGUUGUGGGCUCAUACAAUAUAGCUAUACAUAUUGAGAUAAAAGGCAUGUUUGACCAGUGGCAACAUUUAAACCGCAUUCCAAUCGAGAUUUCGGAGUCCAACGGCCGACUACCUGUGAAUAUUUCCCGCACUUUACCAGAAACGACGCGCAUAAUACCAAAGGACCAAGUCCUUGCGCAUUCACGUUAUUCGUAUUAUCUAUUCGUACAUUUCAUUAAAUCUAUUCGUUGUCAUAGUUUUAUAUCGAAAAUCGCAUUUACAGCAUCCGAAAAUGGCUCCAAGAAAAUUUGAUGAUAUAGAUGAUGAACUUGUUUAUCAUAAAAGGCAAUUUAAACAAAUACAGAAUACAUUGAAAAUAACAAAGAAUUAUUUUCGGAUGCUAGCGCUCCGUAAUCCAUUUUUAUCUCCAGUAUACAGUAAUGGUUACUUGAAAAUGCCAAAUUGUGUGUUGACGAGUGAGGUAACUACAAAUGGAGUCACUCGAGUCAUUCAAGAAGUGUCGCACAAUAUUUCUUCGGAGAUGGAUAUCACGGAAAAAAUAAGUAAUAUUAAUAUUAAUUCGCCAGAGAUAGCUGUAAAGGAAGGGAGCCAUGAUGUUAACAUUGAUUCGUCAACGAUGGUGGUCAGCGAAGUCAAUGAUACAUUGCAGUAGGUUGUGAACCCGCAGAUUUAUAAUUUAUAAAUCUGUGUGUAAACCGAAGUGCUAUUUAAGAUUAUAAGAGAUUAUAUUAUUAAUGUGAUUUUUUUAACCGUUUAUUAAUACUUGUUACUUUAGGUAACAUUUAUGUUUCACCUGCAUAGUAGGUAUCAGUGUAGUUUCGGUCUUAAAAAUGUAUAACGUAGUAAAUUUACGAUCGCCAGUUUUCAUUUUGUAAUUUCAUUUAUUUUAACAUAAGAGUAACUUAACCUAUUGUCAAAGUUAAAGGUAAUAACAUAUUGUUAUUUUGUAGUUUGUUGGGAAUGCUUUUUUUAUAUGAUGUAUAAGCGAGUUAUGAGCAUUUUAAAAUUGUAAUAUUUUACACGCUUUUAAUUCGUUUUAAAAUUAAGAUAUUUAAAUACAAUUUCCAGCAAACUACAAAGAAUAAUAUUGUUACGUUUUAAGUUUAAUAAUAUAUAAAUUAUAAACUGUAAUAUUAAAACUAGCAAGUUAAACGAGAUCACUUACACAAUGCGGAUUAAAUGUUUGCUUAAAUUUUUGCCAUCUCUUAAUAUGUGGUCUUUAAUACAAUUAAGUGGUCUACCGCGAUAAUAAUUAUAAUACAGUGAUCUAAAUUUUAUAUAUUAUAAAAUAUACAAAGCAAACUUUUUAUGAAAAAACAGUCUAAAAAAGUUGAUUUUCAGUAAAAAAAAAUUUGAAAUUUAUUUUAUUUUAAUUUAAUUUAUUAAUGAUAAAAAAAAUAUGAACAUUUAAAAAAAAAAUACAUGCAAAUAUUUUAUAAAAAAAAAAAGCGAUUGUAAAUUAUUUACAAAACAUAAUUGCAUACUUCUUAAAAACGAAUAAAAAUAUUACUUCUUUUAUUUAAUCAUUGACAUCAAUACUCAGCUGAAUAGGUACCUCACUAAUAAGUCUUCUUUUGCCAUUCUUCACAUUUUCUUAAAAGUUUUCAAUCUAAGUAAUCUCUAAAGAUUUAAUUCUUUGUAUAUUACCUACCACCAAUUUCUGGGUAUAUAAAAUUCUUUGAAUGAUUUACUGUUUCAAGUAGGUACAGGCACAUAAUCAUUUUCAAAUAUGUUGAUAUAUACAAGCCAGGAAUCAAAAUGCAUUGUUGUAUCCAAUAAUUCCUUACUUAUAUUACUCAUAUUCAUAGUUAGGUAAUAAACAAAACGGUAUAUUGGGAGAUGGCCUAAGUUUUAAUCUGAUGUAAUUUUCUUACCAGUACAUUAUAAACUAGUACAAAAAGUUUUUUUUUAUAAAAAUUUAAUAAUAAAUAUAUGUGUAAUAAUCUUAUAAUGUACCUACCUAAUAUAAUAAUGAUGAAAUGAUUGAAUGUUUAAAUGAAUAGUUAUAAUUUUUUUUUUUUGUAUAAAUUGCUUACCUAAAAAUUACCUUAUUAAUAUUAUAUUAUUAUCAUUUUUAAUAGAAAACUGUAUAAUAAAAAUAUUAUAUUG